AGGCUGAGGGGAACAAGGAUGAAAGGAUGAAGGAUAUUCUAUCUUUCCGGCCCUUUGCGCCUGGGGGCAAAGGCCUCGAAGAUUUCAGCAGGCAGAACAAGAAGCUGUUUGAUGACUUCAGCAUGCUUGCGUUCGCUGCGUGGAAGUACACGGGCGAGCCAAAGAUUGAAGGCGUCGACUCGCAUACUGUGGCCAAGGCCUUCUUAUUCAAUGUGCGUAUUCGAUCUCCUGGCGGAUUUGUAUGAUGCAAAACUAAUAACUAAACUGUAGGUAAUGUGCAACAAGUUUGGUCUCUCAUCGCCCUUGGAUGAUACUCACCUGGGAGUGGGCUUUGAUCCGUUGAUUUGUAGUGCAAAUCAUUCUUGUGAGCCCAAUGUCAAUCUUGUUUUCAACCAGCCUAGUGCAGUUAUGCGAGCUCUCAAGCCCAUCAAGAAGGGAGAUGAGAUCUUCAUGAAAUAUGUCGAUGUCACAAAUCCCUUCAGCGUACGGCAAAGCGAGUUGCAAGAGACUUACUAUUUCAAUUGUCAAUGUACAAAAUGCAAGAAGGGAAGCAGCGGCCCAGAAGACAAGUUCUCCAAACCAGCCGAUGAGCUCUCAGCACAAUACAAGAAUACGGCUGAUAAUCUCAUCAAACGUCAUGAGAAACAGCUGCACAAAUUCUUUGUUCCAACAAAUAACGAGGUAGAUCAGAACCGACUGGCUGCUCUUCAAGCUGAAGCCUUCUCUGUAUCAGGUACGAUCACAGACAAGAAGCAGCCAAGCCUAGAUGAGAUCAAGGACUCACUCAAGGGAUGCAUUGAAUCUGGGCUCUGGUCAUGGACAAGGCAGCCAGUUCCACAAUUAUGCCAACAGCUUUUCGCCAUGUACAUUGCGACGGGCGACGCCUAUCGAGCAUUCAGACUCGGCCUGAAGAUCUAUUUUGACAUCAUGCCAAGCUUAUACCCGCAGAAGUUCUCGUCUGAUGCUCUCAUCAAUGCUUGGGCAAUGUCGACAGUCACCAAUGUUCUCUGCGGUCCAGCGAACAAGGAGAUCUACGAUGAACUCAUGUCAAGCGGCGUAGACCUGCGCAUCGUGUACUUUGGGUUUCUGUUCGAAGUUCAUGAUAAUAUUCCGAAGAUGUUCGGUUAUGAGUCGCCCUUCGGUCGUGUUGUGAAGAGCACGUACGACCAGAUAAUGGCUGGCACCACGGUUCAUGAGUCAGAGAUUCGAGACAGAAUUAAGACGACAUGGUCUUCGCUGGAGACUAUUGGUAGGAGUGUCAACGUCCUGAGUUUGUAGCGGCCAUUACAAUAGCCGUGCGCAAAGAACAUCUUCUGCAUCAAGCCAUGCGGCCAAACCUGUAUUGUCAUCCGCACUGCCAUCAAAGUAUGUUUCGCAAUCCGCACCUUGACGGUGAAGACGCAUUGAAAGGAGCUGUGUUGCUUGAGCAGAGGCAACGGC